AUGCGCCUCGAACAGAUCAAGUUGACAAAAGAUGGAAACGUUCUUCUCAGAGAGAUGCAAAUACAAAACCCUACCGCCGUCAUGAUUGCACGAGCUGCUACUGCUCAGGACGACAUUUGCGGCGAUGGCACGACGUCCGCUGUUUUGUUGAUUGGCGAGCUUCUCAAGCAGGCGGAUCGUUACAUCUCCGAAGGACUGCACCCCAGAAUCAUCACCGACGGUUUCGAGAUUGCCAAGAACGAGGCACUCAAGUUCCUUGACGGCUUCAAGCUUGACAAGGAGGUUGACCGCGAGCUUCUCCUCUCUGUUGCCCGCACAUCGCUGUCCACGAAGCUCAACUCUAGCCUUGCUGCUAAGCUUACGCCCGAUAUCGUCGAUGCCGUGCUCGCUAUUUACCAGGCACCCGCCAAGCCCGACUUGCACAUGGUUGAGAUUAUGAAGAUGCAGCACCGGACAGCUUCCGAUACCCAGCUGAUUAAGGGCUUGGCUUUGGACCACGGUGCCCGCCACCCCGAUAUGCCGAAGCGCCUUGAGAACGCCUACAUUCUUACAAUGAACGUGAGCUUGGAGUACGAGAAGACUGAGAUCAACUCCGGAUUCUUCUACUCCAGCGCGGAGCAGAGAGACAAGCUGGUGGAGAGCGAGCGCAGAUUCGUCGAUGCUAAGCUGAAGAAGAUUGUCGAGCUGAAGAAGGAGGUUUGCGGAAACGACCCCAACAAGAACUUUGUCAUCAUUAACCAGAAGGGUAUUGACCCCUUGUCUCUUGACGUGCUGGCCAAGAACGGCAUCCUUGCCCUGCGCCGGGCCAAGAGGAGAAACAUGGAAAGACUGCAGCUCAUCUGCGGCGGUAUUGCACAGAACAGCGUUGACGACCUGACACCCGACGUUCUGGGAUGGGCUGGCCUUGUCUACGAGCAGACUCUGGGUGAGGAGAAAUACACCUUCAUCGAGGAGGUCAAGGACCCCAAGUCUGUUACCCUUCUGAUUAAGGGCCCCAACGCACACACCAUCACCCAGGUUACCGACGCCGUCCGCGACGGUCUCCGCAGCGUCUACAACAUGAUUGUCGACAAGAGCGUUGUCCCAGGUGCUGGCGCCUUCCAGGUGGCUUGCGCGGCGCACCUGAAGAGCGAUGCUUUCUCCAAGACGGUCAAGGGCAAGGCCAAGUGGGGUGUCGAGGCGUUCGCUGAUGCUCUUCUCAUUAUCCCCAAGACUUUGGCUGCCAACGCUGGUCUUGACAUCCAGGAUGCCCGUGAGUAA